AUGCUGAGGCAAAAGCACCUACGCUCGAGCGACCAUCUGGUGCGGAUGGAAGAUACACGUCCGUCGAGACGACCCUUCUUUAGCGAUGUCGCCACUGGUUCUCGCCGACUGGGAGGACCAAAACGACGCUACAAGAACACAGUGAAGAAUCCACCUGAGCAAGUGCGUACCAAUCCAGAGACCUAGGAGUACCUCACCCAGAACAGACCGGCAUGACGAAGAGAAGGGAAUACUGGCGUUUCCAUCUACGAAACAAGUCGAGUGGCCGUCGCCAAAGUCAUAAGGGAUGUUUGCAAGUCUCAGGUGUCUCCGAUUCGCAAUGUCACCGCUUAACGCCACCCAACGUGCCCGCUCUUUCAACAAACAUUUGGCGCGCGGAUCGGCUUCACCGGUCAUAUUCGGACUCAAUGUAUCAACCGCCGAAUGAACAGGUGCUGCAACCCGGACCGCGCCUGCUUCAACAUCCACGUCGACCGCAUCUGCGUCCACCUUCACUAAAACUGCUUCGAAUCCCCGCGCCGCGCUGCCCUCGGCCACUACUACCUCCGCUACCUAGUCCUCAACUACCGCAAUGACAUCGAACACAACCACCUCUAGAUGACGAAGAUGCGAUCACUGCAACAGGAAAAUCAUUGUUCUGACAUUUCGGAUUACAGUACGCAUAUGAUCCCACGGCGGCGCCCUGCUAAUAAUAAUGCACUCCUUGUGCCCCAUUACCCUUAGCUGCGACUGUCUCUGAUGAUGGGUUCAAGUGAGAAUCCGAAACGUCUGGCCAAUAAAUUUCUUGUUCUAGUCAUCGCGUAUUCGUCUUCUAAAAUGCCUCCUGGAACUCGCCUGUUUGCUUCUAUCAGCAACCAUCUCUGCCAUCACCGCCAACGGCCCAAACGCUCCUGAUGCCCGACAACAGCAAAAAACUUCACCCUCGCCACCCCGCUCGGCCACACCCGUCCUCAUUGCGAUCAAACAUUCACCUUACACAUCUACCUGGUCGGUCACUUGCGAAUCAAUCGCUCAGAGACUGGCAAACCAGUGCCUAAAGUACUGA